AUGUCUGGACUCUCGUCGCCCUCGUCGCUCAUCACCGCCAACGCCCAGUCGACGGCCAUCAACGUCUACUCCAUCGCCAAGAUCGGCAUCGGAUUGACCGGCCUCCUCCUCCCCGCCUUUGCGACCACCACCUCGACCCCCUUCAAGUACGCCGCCCGCGGCCAGCUCAAGGCUUCGAAGCCCACCGCCAACACCGUCAACCCUGCCCCGGGACACCCGGCUGAGGGUUCCUUGGCCAUCAGGCUCCUCGCCUCGAGGGAUGUCGUGCUUGGAUUGUUGAUGAGGGACACGACCGCUGCUGUCGUCGUUCGCGCCCUCCAAGCCGACGUGAUGAUUAGUGCGCUGGAACUUCUGUCGACCGGUGCAGGCUACCUUGAGGGCUCCCUCUCGAAGGAGACCGCUCUCUCCGUCGCGGGCUUCUCUGCCACCUUCGCGGCCUUCGCCUUGUACAUCCUCAACUACUAA